AUGGCCUCCACCUUGGAACUCGCCUGUAUCUACAACGUACUCAUCCUGCACAAUGACAGGGUCACUGUGACUGAAGACAAACUCAAUGCCCUGAUCAAGACAGCUAGUGUAACUACUGAGCCUAUCUGGCCCAAUCUGUUUGCCAAGGCACUGGCUAAUAUUGACAUCAAUAGUCUGAUCUGCAAUGUUGAUGCUGGUGGUAGUGUCCCAGCUGCUGCAGCAGCUGUUUCCACUGCUGCCCCUAUUGCCACUGAAAAGAAAAAGGUAGGGAAGAAACGGGAGAAAUCUGAAGAGUCUGAUGAUGACAUGGGCUUUGGUCUCUUUGAUUAA